GGAGUGUGUGUGAGUGUGUGUGAGAGAGAAAGAGUGAGAGUGUGUAUUAGAGUGUGUGUGUGUGGGUGUGUGAGUGAGUGUUUGUUUAGUUUACUCUGUGUGUGUGUGUGUGUGUGUGUGUGUGUGUGUGUGUGUGUGUGAUGUUAUAAAUGAAGGGAGCGGAGGUAGUGCGGGUGGUUCGGGAUCAGAUGGCGCGGAGACCCGUCAUGCUGUGCGCGGCUCUGCUGCUCACCUGCGCGCUCAUCCUCGCCCUCACACUCACCUGCAGUCGUGCUAAGAGUGUGGUGGCGCUGGCCCGACCCCCGGUGCGGUUCCUGUCCCCAUCGGUGCCGGUGGUGGACCUGUUUCUGGGCCAGCAGGACCAGGUGGAGAAGCUGAUGGAGGAUUCUGAUGUGAGUGUGGUGUUCUACUACGCUCCGUGGUGUGCUCACUCCAUCGCCGCCAGGGAACACAUCCAGGAGGUGGCGCUGCGUCUGGCCAAUCAGGUGCAGUUUGUGGCGGUGAACUGCUGGUGGCACCAAGGAAAGUGCCGGAAACAGCACAACUUCUACCAGUACCCGGUUCUACACGUGUACUACAGGAGGUUUGGUCCUAUUAACUAUAAAGGUCCCUUACUGGCUGAAUAUAUGGAGAGUUUCAUACGCCGAGUCUCCGCCCCCUUAACGUACCUGCCCUCUCGCUCCGCUCUCCACACCUUCUUAUCUCACCACGAGCAGGGUGUGGUGGGUUUCUUUGACUUUAACUCGUCCCCACAGCCACCUGGUUAUCUCACCUUCCUCUCGUCCGCACUGCACAUGCUCAGAAAAGAUCCUCAGGGGGCGGUGCGUUUCGGCGUUGUGACCAAUCGGGAAGUGGCAGCGGGGAUGUGGGUGACUGAGGAUCAGAGUGUGUAUCUGCACCGCCGCUUCAACACCUCACUGGUGUUCCCCCGCUCUGAGAGGAACUUCACCCCUGAGAACAUCUGUAACUGGGUCUGUGAGAACAAAGAGAACAUCAUCACCUGGAUUCAGCCAAUAGGAGAGAAGAGUCACGCUCUGGAGGCGGAGCUACGUAAAGGACCGGCCCUGCUCAUGUUUCUGCCACAGAGUCCGCUCUCAGCCAGUCAGACGCUGUCUGAGGUGGCUGAUGUAGCGUUGCGUUAUUACUCGUGUUUAUCGGACAGCGUCUCCUCCUCUGUCUGGUCGCCGUCUGGCUCUGUCCUGUCUGAGCCGAGGUGCUGCAAGUCCAUGCACAUAUCCGCUAAUGCUAAUGCUAGCGCUAGCGCUAAGGUGUGUGAGGUGUGUGUGAGGUGUGUGUGGGAUCUGGAGGCGGCGCUGGACUCGUUCCUGCGCAGCAGCUUGUCCACGGCGUCGUCCUUCUGCAGUAACACACAGCGCAGCUACAGCACGCUGCAUCAUUACACCGCCUGCUGCAGGACCCUCCCCACACGCUCCGCCCCCUGCAAGGAGGAGGGCGGGGUCACGGGGCUGCACUGUCGGACCAAUAAGACGCUGCGCUUUUACGCUCUGGACUCGCGACUGGCCUGGCCACUGGCACAGCGACUCGGAGCGGCGGGAAACCACAGCACACACUCACACACACACCCCUUCACCACCAUCGUCAACCUGAGAGACGACACACACUACGUACUGCAGGACACGGGAGAGAGAGAGGCACUGGAGCGGUUCAUAGUGAACUUCAGCGCCCCCUACAGUCCACUCCACAGACACUUGGUGGGAGCCAGUGAAGCUCCGCCCCCACAGUCCCUCAUCCAGGAAGUGACCACGCAGUCCUUCAGAGCCGUAGUGAUGGACACAGAGAGGGAUGUGUUGUUGUUCUACUACACGGGAUGGUGUGGGUUCUGUACGGUUCUUAAUCACGUUCUUCUGCGCUUGGCUCGACUCUUCCAGGGAAACAGCGCCUUCACGGUGGCCAGGGUGAACGUCGAUCUGAACGACCUGCCGUGGGAGUUCAUGGUGGACCACCUGCCCACCUUCCUGUUCUUCCCCAGACACAGGAAGCACAUGAGUGUGAAGUUUCCGGAGAACACCCGCGUCACGCUCCCCAAUCUAGUCCGCUUCAUCUUCAAUCACUCUAGCCCCUCCCCUCAGGGAAAGGCGGGGCCCAAGGCACUUCUGGAGGCGGAGCUUCGCACCCUGCAGGGGGAGGUGCUGUCUCUGCAGCGUGCCCGCGAGCGGCUGUCGCAGCAGCUGGCGGCUCUGUGGAGGGAGAACCGACGCCUGGCGCUGCACACUCAGGAGCUGCAGUCCCACAAUGCCGAGCUGCAGGAGCAGAGCACGCGGCUGGAGACGCUGUACCAGGAGAAAAGCCGGCAGCUCACCGAGGCUGUGAAAAGGCUGCAGGAGCUCGCCAAUGCCUCUGAGGACCUGCUCGACGAGAACUCGCUGCUGAAGGUCCUGCUCGCCGUCCUGAGGGAAAAGGGCAGCACUGGGGGCGGAACAGGGGGGCGGAGCCGGGAUGAGGACAGGCGGGACGAGGCGCGUGGACCGGGGGAGGGCGAGGAGGCGGAGGACGGGAAGCAGGACGUCUCCUGACGGCUCAGGGAUGAGGGGUGAUGAUUCUGGGAUCCUCUGGGAUCUGGGAGCUGUUGCUGCUCCGUGAGCCACCGUGCAGGGAGUAAAAGCCACUAAGGCUGAGUGUUGGAUAUUAAACAUGUAGGAAAUGCUGCCACCUGGUGGAGGAAUCAGGAGUUUAACGUGUGUAACGCUCCUGUCACCUUGUGGCUGCUUGGAGAAUUACAGUAAUGAUUUGAGUGUAUUAAUAAACAGGAAAAUGCUGCCAUCUAGUGGUAGAGUUAAAAAUUGUGUUAAAGAGUUCAAAAAGAUGUAUUAGAAUGUAAAUGAAGGUGCUUCCAUCUAGUGAAAGUGUCAGGAAUUAACCCUCUACUGCACACAUUCUGUUUUUCAGUCUCUCUCUCUCUCUGUCUGUCUGUCUUUCUUUACAUCUGCUUAUAUUCCGUUUAUAAUUUAUUCGACCUUUGACCCCUACGCUCUAGUAUUUUUCCUUUGUCUCAGGGUAACUCUGUGCAGUAGAAGGUUAAAAAGGUUGUGUUCAUCCAUGAUUAUGUUUUAGACACAAAAUGCUGCUGUCUUGUGAGAAAUUUAGGAUUUACAGUAACGAGCGGAGUGACAGUAGUGUCCUCUGUCCACGCUGAUGUAUUAGCAAUGACAGGAGAGUGUGACCCCCAGUGGCAGCUGUGGGGACUGCAGCCAAGCUGUUCUGUGUGCAGUGGCUAGGAGCGAACGAUAGAGUCACAGAAACGAUAACAUCAGUCACAUUACUGGUGAAUUAGUGAAGUUAUAGGAGAUCUGCUUUUAAUUAGCACUCAGUUUAAUGUUCUGGGCGUGUGGUGGAGCUUCAGCUGGCUGCUGGUUUUAAUCGCAGGAUGUGUUCAGACGAUGACGCGUCCCGUGAGGACGGAUGAGACGUUCCGGGAUGACGUUCUCACUCACGUCCUGAGAAUAUAUUGUUGUUUCUAUAUUUUGUUGAUUGGUAUUUUUCUUGGAUACAGCACUCUAUUUUUCCACGAGUCCUCAGGUCUGUAGAGACGCGUGUCUUUGUGAAGAGUCGAGGUUUCUGUGCAGGACCAUGUGCUGUGCCGUGUUUACAGACGUAUCGUGCAGAUUUUUGUACCAAUAAACAAUGAUCAUUUCUUCAA